AUGAGCACACAAACACAAACAGAAACAAUCGUACUCCAACCAACAUCUCAUACCGAAGCCAACACAAACGAAAAUGAGGGCACCCAAGACCAAAGUCCCCCGGAAGUAAAAUGGAUGUAUCCUAAGAUCCUCAGCGCAGGAUUAUCCUUUUUCGUGGCGGGAGUCAACGACGGAAGUCUGGGAUCGAUACUUCCCUAUGUGAUCCGUUCUUACGAUAUCAGCACUGACAUGGUAGCUGUACUAUACGGCACAACCUUCUUCGGCUGGCUCGUCGCAGCCCUAACAAACAGCACAAUAACCCAAUACCUAGACCUAGGCCCAAUCAUCUGCCUAGGUGCCGCCAUCCAAAUCCUAGCACACGUCCUGCGAGUCUGGCUACCCCCAUUCGGGCUAUUCGUGGUAACAUUCUUCCUCGCCAGUCUGGGCCAAGCCUACAAUGAUACACACGCCAAUACAUUCGUUGCUUCCUUGCACGGCGCCCACCGCUAUCUUGGCUUUAUCCAUGCCAUGUAUAUGGCUGGGUGUUUAGUAGGACCGUUUGUGGCGACGGGGGUUGCGUCGGCGAAUGUGGAUUCGAAGUGGUAUCUGUUUUAUGUCUUCCCGCUUGGGGUUGGGAUUGCGAAUCUUGUGCUUGUUGGUGCUUCGUUUCGGGACCUCGGAGGAGGGAGAGGAGGGAGAGGACUGCUACUGGGGGGGGCGUUGAAGGAGAUUAAGGAAACGCUUUCUAUUUCUGGGGUUUGGUUGUUGAGUUUGUUUUUCUUCUUCUUUUUGGGGGCUAGUAUUACUGCUGGAGGUUGGAUGGUCGAGUACCUCGUCAAUGUCCGCGAUGGCGACGUCAAACAAAUGGGUUAUGUGCCGGCUGGCUUUUAUGGCGGUGCAUUCCUUGGACGGCUUCUUUUGGCAGAGCCCACGCAUCGGUUUGGAGAGCGGCGGAUGAUCUUCAUUUACGCUGUGCUCUGCUUGGGAUUGCAGUUAGUAUUUUGGCUCAGUGUUCCGAAUAUUAUCACCGAAGCAGUAGCAGUCAGCUUACUCGGUCUCUUUAUGGGUCCAUUCUUUGCAACGGGUAUAUCAGUAGGCACAAAAAUCUUCCCACCAGAACUCCAAUCUUCCGCGAUCGCAUUCGUCUUCGUCUUCGGCCAAAUUGGUGGCUCUGUCUUCCCUGCUUUGACUGGUAUCAUUGCCACUAGGGUUGGUGUGCAGGUUCUACAGCCUAUGCUCGUUGGAUUGAUUGGUGCGUCGGGAUUGAGUUGGUUGAUUUUGCCGAAGGAUGCUGAGUUGCAUCGGGAUUAAGAGACUGGCGGGUGAUGGUUUGUGAAUGGUAG